AUGGUAGGAUUUAAAUUAAAUAUUAUUUCGAUUUCAUAAAAGUCUAGCAACCCAAUAAAUUAGCAAAAUACCUUACAUAUAAAAAAUCACAGUUUUCUAACACUAUUUUAAAUAAAUCAUUAAUAGUCAUUUUUCGGUUUUGGCAAUUCAGGUGCAAAUAUUACUAUUGAAUUAGAUGGUCUUGAAAAGAGAAAAAAAACUACUAUUAGACCUAAGGGAUAAGAACCUUUUAAGCUUCCCGUUUAUACAGGUGAUGAUGAUAUUAGUGGUUUAAUAGAUAUUAGAAUUAAGGGUAAAAAAUUAGAACAUCAAGGUAUUAGAGUUGAACUAGUUGGUCAUAUAGAGGUUACUUAUGACAACAAGCAAAAUAGCGAUUUUAUGAGCAUGGCCAGAGAAUUGGAACCUGCUGGUACUUUAUUCGAAGAUAAAAAAUUCAAAUUUUUAUUCCCCAAGUUUGAAAAGACCUUCGAAACUUACUAUGGUAAAUCUGCAAAGGUUAGAUACUUUUUGAGAGUAAGUAUCAACAAACAAUAUAACUAAAAAAUUGUUUAAACACUUGAUUUUGCUGUCGUCCUUCCUAGCUAAGACUCAGAUAAAAUUGAAACUAAUCCUAUCAAGCUUGAAGUCGGUAUUCAAGAAUGUCUUCAUAUCGAAUUCGAAUUUUCUAAAGAUAAAUACCACUUAAAAGAUUGUUUGAUUGGAAAGGUUCACUUCUUAUUAGUUAAAAUAAGAAUUAAACAUAUGUAAUUGUAAGUUAUCCGUCAAGAAAUCACUCUCAAUAAUGGAGUUGUAAAUAAAGAUAACGAAGUUUUAGUAGAUUAUGAAAUUAUGGACGGCUGCCCUAGAAAAGGAGAAGUUAUUCCCAUCAGAUUGUAUCUCAGUGGUGUUGACUUGACUCCUUCUUAUUCAGAAAGUACUUCUAAUAAAUUCCAAGUGAAACAUUUCAUCAACUUAAUUUUAAUUGAUGAUGAAGGAAUUAUUGCUAAAAACAACUUCUUAUUUCAAAUGCUAGGUUAUUCCUAAUUCGCUCUAAAAAAGCUGUAAAAUCCAAAUGAAUUAGUUGAAAGUGGUAAAUACUAGCUUGAUGGUAAAAUUAAGUUAAAGUUUAUUGAUUUAGAUAUUGAAACAAUGGACUUAAUGAUGGAAAGAAAAUAAGAAUCAGACUAUUAAUUGUAUUGGAAAUCUUUAAACUCUUAAAAAAGGGAAAAUUUGGUGUAUAGAGGAGAAGAACAAGAAAAAAAAGACCAUGAGUGUAUUCUAGAUGAGAAAAACUGUAGGUGUAAAAUAUGUGGUAGAUGCCUUAAAUGGACUACUUAUGGAAUCAUUAGAGAUUUAGAGCCUUUUGAAUAAAAGAUGAAAAAAAUGGAUAUAGAUUAUUACAAAUAUGAAAGCAUUUUAAAUAAAAUAAACAAAUAAAUAGAGUUAUAGCAAUUAUUAUAAGACUAAAAAGUUUUUUCAAUUAGAAAUUUUACUUAAUUUAAAAAUGCUAGUUAAAUGAGAGACUUUAUUUACUUCACACUGUGCUUACCUCUAAGCUAUGGAUUUACUAAUUAAAUUAAAGCAUACAAAGACAGGUAGAGAUUUAUAUCAAGACCUAGCAACUUUAAUUUAUCAUUUCUACACAAUUAAAAUUUAUUAACAGAUCAAAUAGCUUAAAACAAUGUCAUAUUUUCCAAUACACUUUAGAAUGCAAAAAAUGAUGCCAAUAAAAAUGAGAACUAAAUAAAAAAUCUUAGUUAAAAUAAUCAAUACAAAGCAGCUUAUUACUCUUCGACUAGAUUCAGUCUUUUAAUUUAAAAUGACAAAUAAAUUUAACCUCCUCUUAGUAUCAGAGAUCUUUAAAUAGAGGGUAAUCAACAUCCUGACUUUGAAAUAUUUGGAGAUUUUGAAUGUGCUAAUUUUUUGCAUGCCUACUAUGAUCCUAAAAAUUUAAAAGUUUAAAUUAUAUUAAAAGCUGACACUAAUACUGAUGGCUUUACUUCUUGGUUUUAUUUUGGUUUAAAAGUUAAAACAAAUGAACCUUUACGUCUGAAUUUUGAAAUACUGAACUGCAGAAAAGAAAAAUCUUUAUUUCAAUAAGGUAUGAAUGUUUGCAUUGCUAGACUCAACGAUAACAUGAUUUACAGCAAUUUUAACAAUUAAUUAAGAACUUGGAGAAGAGACAUGGCUUUUGAUAUUAAGUAUCAAUAAUCUACUUAUCCAAGAAAAGUUUUCAAGAGGACGUCUUCAUUUAGAAUUUUACCAGUAAAUGACUUUGUUGAAGUUGAUAAUACAUUUUUUCCUGAAAAUCCUUAAAUUGAAGAGAGAUGUACAAAGAUUUUAGAGUUAAAACAAGCUGGAUUAGACGUUUCAAGCUAAAUGGAUAAGUUUUACAAUUAUAAAUUAAAAGACAAAAAGUUUAUUAAAAACUAUUUUCAUGGACUUUCAUUUAUAUAUUAAUUUUAAAUUAACUCUAAAGAUUCUACUAUCCUAUUCUCGUAAGCUAUCCCUUACACCUUCUCAAAUUUAAUAGAAUUUAUAGAAAAUAUAGAAGCAACUAUUAAAUAGUAAAAUCCUUUGUUCAGGUACUCUUUUAAUAAUGACACAAGAGUUUAUACAAUUGAUACUUUUAAUUUUAUUUAUGAAAAGACAAUAAUUGGCGCUUCUAUUAUAGGUUUGCCUAUUACAGAAAUACAAAUAACAUCAUAAAACUCUGUAAGAGCCCUUCCAAUUUAAAAGAGGCCAUACAUAAUUAUAAUCGCAAGAUAACAUCCAAAUGAGACUCCAGGGAGCUUUGUUUGCUAAGGCUUUAUAAAAUUUUUACUCAGCUCUGAACCUGAAGCUAUUUCAUUAAGAUAAAUGUUUAUUUUCAAGAUCAUUCCAAUGGUAAAUCCAGACGGAGUAGUUGUGGGAAACAGUAGAGCCUCAGUAAAGGGAGUUGAUUUGAAUAGAGGAUGGGAAUUUAGUGAUAGCAAUAAUUACCCAGAGAUUCAUUGCAUAAAAUAGAGAAUUUAAUAAUUAAAUGAUGAAAACAAAAGUGUAUAUAUGUUUUUAGAUUUACAUGGUCAUACUGUAAAACCUGGUAGCUUUUUAUUGUGUACAUUAAAAGAAGAUUCUUCAAACCUUGAAUGGGCAAAGGUGCGUCUCUUUCCAAAGGUUAUUGCUGAAAAUUGCAAAUUUUUUGAUAUCAGUAGUUGCAAAUAUUCUUUUAUAUCAACUCAUAAGAACUGUUGUGCACGUGAAUAUGUUUGGAGAGACUUGAAAGUAGAAAAUUCUUAUACCUUGGAAACCUCAUUUUUUGGAAGUAAAGAAGUUUUUAAUGGCCUAAAAAUAGGUGAUAAUUUGAUUAUUGAUCAAUCAGAUAAAUCAAUAAAGCACUUUAGUGUUUAAGAUUAUGAAUAUAUUGGAUAGUAAGUUUGCAAGUCUAUAUUACAGUUUUCUGGCUGCCUUACGUUGAUGAUAGAGUAAGCCUAGUUGAAUGAAAAAUUAGACAUUGAUGAAGAAACUUUAUUAACAGGGCAAGCUCCAUAAGAAUUGGAGAUCCCUCAAGAAGAAUUAAAUAAAAUAUAAGAAAUGACUAUUUCAAAAAAGUAUUAAUAAAAUCUUUAGAAUUUAAGCAGUGAUAGCUCUAUAUUAAGGUCAACUUAAAUAAAAAGUAUCUUUAAUAAAGACUCAUUGUCACCUAAAGUUAAAAAGAAUAUAAAAUCAGCUUCAAUAGCUUUGUCUUAAAUUUUAAGAUUGAAAUAGAUGGUUGAUGAGAAAGAAAAAUUAAAAGACAUUUAGCUCUUUACUGACCAUAGAGCUGAUUCAUUAACAAUAUCUAAUUAAGUAAGUUUCUAGGAUAUAGAAUCAGAAGAAUACUAGUAAGCUAUCACAAAUCAAGAAGACAAUCAGUAGUAAGUGAUAGUAAAUAUAGAUUUGAUGAAUUAAAGCUCAUCAAAAACAGAGGAGUAAGCUAAAAGAGUUUUGAAUGAGAUGAAACAAAGUACAUAAAAUGAUGAUAAAAUUUAAUAAAAAACUAUUUCUAAAGAAUAAUCUUAUCCCACAAAUAACUAAAAUAAAGCUAAUCAAAAAAGUUCUUUGAAUAAAUUUUAAAAGUACGUGCUUUAAACUAAAGAGCAAAUAAAGGUUCUUUUUGCAUUAAAAAAAGGUUUGGAAUGGAAUAAAUUUUACACCUAAAAAGAUGCUGAAGAACUUAAAGAAUUUAAAGAGUAAAAACAACAACUAAAGCAAAACAAAGAACCUAGAAUUGAAUAAUAAUAACUCAAUCAAUCAAGUUAAAGUCAAGCUAAGGCUGAUAUUGAAGCAGAUCUUGAAACUGAUAAUGCUAACACAAAUGAUGAGGAGGUUAAUUUAAAACAAUCAGGUGAUAAAGAUAGCGAUUCUGAACCUGAAGACGACUGCAGAAAAUAAAAUAAACAUAAUGGUUUAAGUUAAAAUACUUAAUAAAGCUAAUAAAAUAUUAGUUGUAAUUUUAGACUUUAAACAGAUGAAUCAGAAUAAACUUAAUCUGAUAAAAUAAAAAAUGAUAAUUUAUAAAAUGAAUUAGCAUAUGGGCAAUAAAAUAAUUAAAAACAAGAUAACUCAGAUGAAUCAUUAAAUAAAAACGGUUUAAAUUAAGAUGGCAUUGAUCUAAACGGGAAAUAAAAUGAAGAUAGCAAAAAAAAUAAAAAUGAAAUGGGUAAUAAUAUGAAUGACAAUAUUAAUUUUAAAUAAAAAGGAAGAAAUACAAAUGGCAAGAAGUUAAGAGGUGAUAGAGAUGGAGUAUCUGGUGAUGAGAAUACUAAAAAUUAAAAUCUUGAAAAAUUUUUCCUUUAAACUUCUAAAUAUAAUUUUGGGCAGGCAUUUUUAUAGAGAAAUUAAAUAGAAAAAAUUAAAUUAAAAUCUCCCUUUUUGCCCUCAUAAGAUGAGAUUUUUGAAGCUUAUUCCUUGAAAUCGCCAAAAAACUUACAGAAUUUAAGCAUGAAGAAGUUGAUGACAGACUUUAAUCUCACCCUUUUCCCGAAUCUAUCUCAACAAUUCAAUAUUGAAGAAGAAAGAAAAAAUGAAAUGCAAUAAAUGAAUAUUGUUAAUGACAAUGAAUAGUCUGAAAAUGAUGAAAGCAAUAUUAAUUUUAGAAAAAUAUCUGAAAUACAAAUUUAGGACUAGUUUAUGUUUUUUGAUGUUUCUCAAAAAAUAUCUUUAAAUACAAGUCCUAUAAUAUCUCCAAUCAACUAAAAUAAAUUAUUAGAUCCUUAAAGCAUUUAACUGAAUACAGAAAAUAAUCAAAAUAAGAAUUUGUAACAAAAUGAAUAAAAAUUAUUUAGUAACCCAUCAUAUGAUAAAAGUUAAGGUUGUCAAAUUUCUCAGUAAGAUCAAAUUAGUAUCGAAAAUGAUUAUGUAAUAGAAGAAUAAUAAUAAAAUAAUACCCAGAAAACUAAUAAAUUAUAAUAAGAUUUACAUUCUCUACAGUUAUAAAAAGAUUACUCUAUUUUUAAAAUUAAUAAAGCCACUUCACUAAAAGAAGGUAUGGAAAAUCCUUUGACAGUUUAAACACCUUUACAAAAUUCAAUUUAUGGAGGCAUAAUAGCUGCAAUACAACAAGAUCCCAAUUCUCCUGCAUAAAAAUCAAUAUAUAAAUAAAACUCAACUUUAAAUAAAAUCACUAUACCUUCAAGCUAAAAAUAAUCCUCAUCUCCGAUAAAUAAAGCAAUUAUUGCAUACAGACCUCCUUCAGGUAAUGUCUGGAAUACAGCCAAAGGAUUAAGGGAUGCUAAUUCUCCUGUUUUUCAAAGUAAUAAAUAAGAACUUUAAGAAGACAACCAAAUUGACUCAAGUUCUUAGAUUUUAUCUAAAACACCUACUUAAAAAGCAAGAUCUAUAAACUAAAGCAAUUCGUAACCAUCUUUUAGGAUUAAAUAAAAUAAUGUAAAUAAAGCGUACAAAGAUUUUAUACAAUAAUAGUAGAAUAAAACGCAAAAGUAAUCAUAGCCUACAGAAUUAAAAAGGUAGUAAACCAGCCUAAAAAAACAAUCCUCACCUUCCAAUUCAGAUGAAAGAUCCUAACUAUCUUCUUAAUAAUAAAGUUAAUAUUAUAUUUUACGAAAUUCUGCAAUAAAUUUUAGCUAAGCUUAAUCAUCUUAAACAUAUAAUUCUUGA